AUGUAUCAAGACGAUAAGAGUCUAUCUGAAGGAAGUUCAAGGGAUAGUGUUCCUGAAUCUUCGAAAUCUAUGGCAGAACUCCCCAAUUCCAAACAUGGAGUUAAGAACUUCUCAAGAACAAAUACUUCCGAUACAGCUCAUUCUCCUGCGAAACCCGAUCGCAUAUCCAAACACGUAACUUUUCUUGACACAUCCAUCAACCACAUCAUUCCUAGCACUCACGAUCAAACCUCCCAGUUCCUCCCAAACGAUCUUCAGGAAUCCUCAACGAAUCAUCCCUCCAGAACUUCAGAGACAUACAACAACCCAAACGACUCAGAAGACUCACUCGAAGAAAUUCCCCCUCAUCUCACCAUCUAUACCAGCUACGCAAGUACCGGAAAACUAUUUAUUAAAAGCACAAUGGACUGGACCGGUCUCGCCAAAGCCCACCAAACCCCCGAAAUCGAAACCAUCAUUACAUUUCUCAAUCAUCACGAACACUAUCUCCAUCUGCAUCCCGAUGAACUUCUCCCAUUCCUCCACACCAACAACGAAUCAUCUCAAUCCGAGCGCGACACCUUCCAAACAUUCUUCAACGCGCUUGAAAAAUCAUUCCCGCAAUACGGUUUCGAAACUCUCCAGAGAGCAAUCGAUAUCAUCGCACUGGAGCAAGGGAGAACUGCCACAAAUGGCGCUCCGUCAUUCAUAUUGCUCUAUGCGCUUCUAGCGCAAAUCUGGCACGCGGGCGCGACGCUGAGAGAUACAUGGAUGAAAUUCCAGAAUGUGGGUUUCGCGAUGAGUUUUGGGAAUUUCUCACUCUUGAUGCGAGAAGCUGAGGUUUUUAAGCUGGGAGAUGAGUCUGAGAUGAAUAUUCUGCUUCUGACGGAGUCUUUUUGUAAGAUUGCAGAGAGGGAGAUACAGAUGCAUGAAGAAUGCGACGAGGAAGGUUCCACGCAGCUGACGGAAAUAUUCUGUACGGUACUCCCGCAUAUAUAUUUCAGCGCGUGCGGAUGGAAUCACGCGCUGGAGAUGUUUAAUGCGCAUCUGGGUGUGAAACUCAGUUUGCGCAGGUUUAAAAAAUACAUCGUGCCGGUGGUGGCGGGGAGGAUGAGAGCGCAUGAUGAGAGGCAUACGGCAAGGAUUAGGAGAGUGUUGAAAAAGGAAGCGGUGAGGACGGGGGUGGAGAUUACGCCGGGAACGUUUGGUGGUGUGUUUAAUGGGAUGACGGGGUUUGCGCUUGAGGAGGUGGUUUUGAGGGAUGUGCAGAAUUAUUUGUUGGGGGCGUGGAGGGUGUGA